AUCAUUUCCCCCACCCGCAUAAAUCUCUCUGUCUCUCUCUCUCUCGCGCUCGCUCUGCGAUAUACAGAAAGAUAUAGCUGAGUAAGACGAACUCGGUGGUGGUGGAGAGUGGACCGAGCGGAGUCUGCGGCAUGACUCGGCGGUGCUCACACUGCAGCAACAACGGGCACAACUCACGGACCUGCCCGAAUCGCGGCGGAGGCGGCGGAGGUGUGAAGCUAUUCGGGGUGAGGCUAACGGAUGGGUCGAUCAUUAAGAAGAGCGCGAGCAUGGGCAAUCUCUCGGCGCUCUACCACCAGGACUCGCCCCCCUCUGACCCCGUCCAUGUCUCCGAUGGCUACUUGUCCGACGACCCCGCUCCCGCCUCCAACCGACGUGCCGACCGCAAGAAAGGUGUCCCAUGGACAGAAGAGGAACAUCGGCUGUUCUUAAUUGGCCUUCAGAAGUUGGGGAAAGGGGACUGGCGUGGUAUAGCACGGAAUUUUGUCAUCUCAAGGACUCCUACACAAGUGGCAAGCCAUGCCCAGAAAUACUUUAUCCGGCAGACUAAUGCUAACCGACGAAAGAGACGUUCCAGCCUUUUUGACAUGGUUCCUGAUAUGGCCAUGGAUCCACCAUCUGUGCCAGAAGAACAAGUAUUGUUGCCUUCUGCAAGUGAAGCUGAUAAUGCCGACGCGUUACCUUCAUUAAAUCUCUCCCUCAAAUCGGAAUUUGAACCUAUGGAAGCCACAUCUAAAGAAAAAUUAAAAGAACCCGAGGAAAGUGUGACGGGAUCAAUUGGACUGGCACCAAUGCUUCCUGGAUUGGUCCCUGCUUAUCUACCUUCUCCAUUCCUAUUCUGGCCACCAAAUACAUUUCCUAUGGAGGAAGAGAAGGGUGCGGAGCCGUCACAUCAUCAGGUCUUGAAGCCAAUUCCAAUCCUUCCCAAGGAGCCUGUCAAUGUUGAUGAACUUGUUGGCAUGUCUCAGCUCAGUCUCGAAGAGGCUGAGAGACGCCAUAGAGAACCUUCACCACUGUCGUUAAAAUUGAUAGGAGAGCCCUCAAGGCAGUCAGCAUUUCAUGCAAAUGCUCCAGUCAGUGGGUCUGACUUAAACAAGCAGGGCGAGAGUAGUGUAAUCCAAGCAGUUUGAAAUCGGGAGAAGAGAGCAGAGUUAAUAUCCUUUUUCCUUUUCUUGAUUUUGUACAAUUAUAUUUUCGCUAAAGCAUCUCGGUUUAUUUUUUUAUUAGAAUGAAGAAUUUCCGGUCUUUAUAACAUAGGUUAGAUCAAGUUCGUAGGAAAAUAUUAUUCUUUCUGUGUAAACAGCUAGCAGUUGAAAUAAUUGAAUCGAUUUGGCCAAUCA